AUAUAUAAAUAACUUGCAGCUUUCUCAUUAACAAUGUGUAUUGACUUUCUGUAUAAUGCCAUAUGAGGUAAACAAGGCAUUGAAGCUCUGCAGCCAUUGUACCACGGAGCUUACAAAGUAAUUAAAAUGGUGGCAUCCAGGAUGUUCAGAAGUAUAGCUAUUUUUUAUUUAACUUGUUUCCAUAUACCUAGUGCAGUCCAAGGCAAGUGUUCUUCAGCUCAUAAAUCCAAAACCCGGCCAGUACCAGCUCCUCGCCAACCGCCACCACUGCCACCAGAACAAAAUUAUCCGAAAGCCAUUUUUCAUGUCACAGAGUAUGGAGCAGUAGCUGAUGGGGAAACAGACAGUACCUCAGCAUUCUUAAAGGCCUGGGAAGCCGCAUGUGAUUAUACCGGAAGCUCCACAUUUUUCAUACCAGAGGGAAAAUUUCUUCUUGGUCCCAUAACUUUUAGCGGCCCUUGCUACAAAAACCAGUCUCCCGAUGUUCAGAUCAGAGGGACUCUGCUGGCUGUGCCUGAUCUCAGCGCCUACCCGGCUGAUGAUUGGAUCGUGUUCGAUAAUCUUCAAGGUUUCAAUCUCAUUGGAGACCCUGAUGAGCCAACUUUAGACGGCCAGGGAGGCCUAGAUGCCUGGAAACAGGAAAGCUGCGUCCAGUCUGCAAAUUGCAACAGAUUGAUCACAUCGCUGAAAUUGUACAGAGUUUCAAAUGGGACCAUUAGCGACAUUACUGUAACAAAUAGCAAGGCGUUCCAUGUUAGUUUCAAUAACUGCGACCAGAUGGAAAUGUUCAAUGUGAACAUCAAAGCACCUGGGGAUAGUCCAAAUACUGACGGUAUUCAUGUUCAUGAGUCCUCUAAUAUCAACAUUGUUGCUGCUGCUAUCGGGGUGGGCGAUGACUGUGUUUCAAUCGGACCUGGCAGCUUCAACAUCUCUGUUUCUGAUAUUCGAUGUGGUCCGGGCCAUGGAAUCAGCGUUGGAAGCCUAGGCAAAUACAAAAACGAAGCAGAUGUUGUGGGAGUUUUGGUUAGAAACUGCACAAUGAGCAACACUCAGAAUGGAGUAAGAGUAAAGACAUUGCCAGGAUCUUCGGCAAGCACUGCUUCCAACUUCACAUUCGAGGAUAUUGUGAUGAUCAAUGUGUCAAACCCCAUAAUUAUAGAUCAAGAAUACUGUCCCUCUGGUAGCUGCCAAGAUUCUGGGCCCUCUAGAGUGAAGAUCAGUAACAUGAAUUUCAAGAACAUAAGAGGGACAUACAAUACACCAACUGGGGUGAGCUUGUUUUGCAGCUCUGGUGUGCCUUGCGAGAACAUUCAUCUGGCCGACAUUAAUAUGCAAUUCAUCAAAAGGGAAACUCGAGACCAGGGCCAUUUUAGUGUGAUGGGUGUUGUUCAUGGAUUAGAAAUUCUAACUUCGAGUUUCUAAGUUGAAUUUUUUUUUUUACCAACACCAGGUUUCGCACUCUGUAAUCCCUGCAGUGAUCUUUUCAGCUGUUGAAAUGUCAGAAUUAUAGGUUUAUAUUU